GAAUAAACUGGCCCACAACAAGCAAAGCUCGAGUGAGGGUGUCCCGCUGCUGCCCUUGAUGGGCCAAGAGUCCCCCGCAUCGCCGCCUACCUACCUGAGCCGUGUUCUCAGCCCAACCAUCGAACUUCCCCUUCCCGCAAGUAGGUAACUUUACUCUGCCUUGACCCCAAUGGCUGAGACCAUCGGUCUUGCUGGCAGUCUUGCCGGCUUGGUAACGGCGGGUUUGGCAGUCUGCAAAGGUCUAACGGAAUAUUACAAGACCUAUAAAAGUGCUGAGAAGGAUAUCCAAUUGCUUUGUGAGGAGGUCGACAAUCUCACCCGAAUUCUUCAGAACCUUGACGCUGCUAUCAAAGAUGGUGGCAGUAGGCUAGAGGUGGAGGCCCCGGCCGAGGGGCCAGUUAAGGCUUGUCGUGAUAGGAUCACGGCGCUCGAGGAGGAGCUCAAGCAUGUCACCGGUUCCGACAACGGGCGCAAUCCACCGGUGGACAACAUCAAGUUAUUCACCAGAUUUAAGCGGACACUGUAUCCGUUCAAGGAAAAAACCUUGAAGGACUUGCGCGAUAAUGUAUCGAAAGCCAACGAGAUUCUUCACCAAGCUGCAACCUCCAUUUUGAUACGCCAGAACAAUAAGAUUUUGGAUACAAUGAACCAAUUCUACGAGAAAGAGGAUUCCAAGGAGAUACUGCGUUGGCUUGAUCCACCUAAUCCGUCCCAGAGACAAUUUAUUGCCUCGUCCAAACGCAGGGACAACACGGGUGCCUGGUUCGUCGAUAACAACGAAAACGAAUUUUGGACCUGGAAGGAAUCGUUACGCUCCGUGCUCUGGAUACAAGGCAGAGCGGGGUGUGGGAAGACUGUUCUCUGCUCCACGAUAAUCAACCACCUCAUUGAUCACUGCCAACAUCAGGCGACUUCAGGGAUCGCCUACUUUUACUUUGACUUUACGGACGCCUCGACAUCUCAAGAUCACCACACACUCGUCCGGUCGCUCAUUGUGCAACUAUCGGCGCAAAUGCAAAAUCGUUCGGUAAUACAACCCCUCAAAACACUAUACAAGCGACACCGGAAUGGAACAACGCAGCCGACGGUGGAAGAGCUCUGCCAAACACUCCGUAACAUCAUCGAGCUUUUCUCGCCGUGUUAUCUUGUUAUCGAUGCCGUAGACGAAAGCAAAGAGAAGGUGGAGUUUCUCAAACUCCUCAACAUCAUGGUCGGCCAAUGGAAGCUGCCUCAACUCCGUGUUCUGCUUACGAGUCGAACCGAGCUCGGUGUGGAGAUUCCGAAACGCGACUGGGAUAGCCGCACCAUAUCUAUUGAAAGCGGUGUCGGCGAGGACGUCAAACAUCAUGUCCUGGCAACACUGUCAGAUGAAAAUGGGAUGUUCAGCGAUUGGAAUUCGCCCGAAAGAGACAAGAUUGCGGAAUCCCUUAUUGAAGCAUCGCACGGAAACUUCAGAUGGGUUGCUUGCCAGCUUCAGGUCCUGUGGGGGUGUCAUACCAUCCAAGAACUAGAUGAAGCUCUCAAGUCCUUACCCGCCACGCUCGAAGAGAUCUACGAAAGGGAGCUCUUGACAGUCGAAGAGAGGAGGAGUCAAGGGUUUCGCCAUAUUUUGCAAUGGUUGUGUUACUCAAAGCGGCCGCUGAAGCUCGAAGAAAUGGCCGAAGUGUUUGCGAUUGACCAAGGGACGAAUUCGCGGCCGCACUACGAUCCCCGACGACGGUUAGUAAAUGCAACGAGAUUCAUUCACAAGCAUAGCAAUCUGGUCUCGGUGGUGCUGGUCAAGUCAAAAGGCGAGCCGCACAAAGAACUGCGGCUAGCCCACUUGUCCGUCCGAGACUACCUUACAGGGAGCAAGAUUGUCGGUUCGCCGGCGAAGAUUUUUCAUAUAACGAAACUAUCAGCACACCAGAGCAUAGCGGAAGCGUGUAUUGUCUACCUUCAACAAAUCGACACCCCAGAGGAUUCCCCAAAGACCUACCCGCUUGCCCGAUAUGCUGCGCAGUUCUGGUCCUAUCAUGUCCAUGUUACAACCACCGCUGCAACCACCGCCGCUGCGACUGAUCAGUCAUCUGGCACGCUGAUAAUUAUGUCGCUGUUGAUCAUUGAACUUAUCACUCAGGUCCUGAGAGUCUUUGGUCUGUCUCCCACCAUCUCCCAACACCUUCUGGGGGAAAAUGAUGUGCACAUCAACCUAAACUGUCUUUGCGUGGAGCUUCUCACCACCCCUCAAAAGUACAUCAGGUAUUUUGAUCCAGACACGCCGUGGAUUCACAAUCCCGAUAUCUCCCGGUCCGUCGAGUCGCUACCAUCGGCUCUGUACUACGCUGCCCACGCCGGCCUGGCUGAUUCAGUCAGACAGCUACUCGCCCAAGGGCUAGAUGUUGAUGCUGUAGGCGGCCGGUACGGGACAGCUCUGCAGGCAGCAGCCUGCAAAGGACAUCGGGAUGUCAUCAAGAUGUUGCUUGCUAAAGGAGCCCAGGUAAACCAGUAUGCGGGUGAUUACGGCUACGCACUGCAAGGGGCAUGCUGCUACGGCCAUGAAGAGUGCGCGACACUGCUUAUUGACCACGGAGCGGAUGUUGAUGCUCGAGGCGGAGAGCAUCACACGGCGCUGCACGCAGCAGCGUUCAAUGGAUACGAGAAAGUUGUGAAGCUGCUGGCCGAGCGAGGUGCCACGAUAGACGUUACCGACUCACCCAACGGCCGUACCGCCUUGAUCGAUGCAGCAAGAGAAGGGCAAACAACCGUCGUAGAGCGCCUUCUCCAACUUGGGGCAAACAGUCUGAUUCGCGAUACGGGCGGCUGGACGGCGCUAGAUGAAGCGGCGCCUGCGGGUUUUGACGCCAUCGUCCGCAUCCUCAUCGAACACAACCCUUCCAUUCUAACGUCACGGGACCCGAGCGACUAUUCAGCGCUGGACCAUACCGCAGGACAGCAUCACGUGUCGACUGUCCGGUUGCUCUUAGAGAUGGGCAUUGACGUGAACUCAAAGACCAACGAGGGACGCACAGCCCUUUUCAAAGCGGUAAAAUCAGGAAACAGAGCCGUCGUUGACCUGCUUAUUCAGCACGGCGCCGUCGUGUCUUUGACGGACAGAGGGGGGUGGUCCGCCUUGCACAUAGCUGUGCACCAUGGACAGGUGGAGGCAGGGGAGGCCUUGCUGCAGGCCGGGGCUCCGAUCCAUGGCGGCCCGGACGGCUGGACGCCAUUACACAUUUCCAUACUGAGGAAACGAACCUGCUUUGUCAAGAUGCUGCUUGAGAGCGGCGCCGACGCCCAGGCCAAGACGGUCAACGGCGUGUCAGUCAUGGACUGCGUUGAUCUCCAUCACGAGUACCUAGCGGAGCCCGAAAAGGGGAGGCUCAAGAUCGACAACAUGUGGCUGACCAGGACGGGGCUCCGUAGUGCGGCGAGUCGUGGAAGGGAUGCCCAUAUCAGGGAGCUGCUCGACCGCGGCGCUGACAUCGAUGCGAGAGAUGAAGGCGGCUUCACUGCUCUCAUGUGGGCUAUAGAUGGCGGUCACUUGUCAACUGUGCGUCUCUUGGUCGAGAACGGCGCGGAUGUGGACGCGCGGAGCGAUCAAGAGGGCAACACUGCUCUCAUAUUGGCUGCGAUGCAAGUAAGCCCGUCAUCGGUUAUGCAUCUUUUGGUGGAGCAUGGGGCGGAUGUCAACGUGCGGAACAAUGACGGCGAGAGUGCAAUGGGCUAUCUUGACAAACACAAGCAUGCCGAUUGUGUAAAAUUACUCUGCGAAUAUGGUUACAGAGAGGAAGAACCCCCGCGGGAGAUGCCAGUCCUUGAUCCCAGUCAGGAGGUCCUCCAAAACAUCCGGAAGUUGCUGGAGGAAAGCAUAAAUCGUGUUAGAUAGAGUUCACCUCUAGGGAGGACAGUGGCUGAGAAUGAUGGAUCAUGCAGCCCAAGCGGAAAAAGGUCCAAUGCAUUUCACUCUUGAGGAGAUGAGUUUAUGAGCGACAAGGCGUGGGGGAUGACCCUAUCACCCUCACCACAAAAUAGUUGACACACACAAGUAGGUUUACCCAUAUCAUAUUGUAAAUUAUGCUUUCAAAGAAUGGUCGUUAUGAUUUUGAAGAUAGCGAAUAGGCCUUUGAAGACAGCCGAUAGGCCUUUAAAGAGAGUUAAUGGGCCUUUCUAGUUAAAAGGCUUAUGACCUAAUGUGUCUUUUGAGGUAUGGG